ACAAGAUAAAAGACUUACCAACUGGCUGUUCUCUUCCUGCUUAACUUGCUGGGAUCCCAAGGUGUCCUCUCUUUGAACGUCUCAAAGCCGAAGAAGUUAGAGAGCUCCAUGUAAUCCUCCCUGGAGGUAGUAUAGUCUAUACAAGCUCUUGUUAGGGUUUUGGUGUGCUCUUUAGGGGUUUGCUUCAUGCUUAAUUUUUUUAGAAAAGGCCCUGUCAUUGUGCCAAGACUUUUGCCUUCAGAAAAUGGCUUCUUCUUAACUGUUGUUAGAAAAACUGUGGAUGCUUAUUUCUUUGGUGUUCUUUGGAUUUGGUCAGGUUGUAGUGACCUACCAAAGUUUGUUACAUUACAGUAAUUCCUUAAAGCUGGUUUUAAAAGCAAGACUUCUUUCCCACUCCCUUGUUCCUAUGUGUUUUUAUGUAGCUGAGUCAAACCCAAAGGGGGUUCCUUCCAGAACUGGCCUCCUUAUUGGCAAAUCUGAGGUGUGGGAUCUGUUUCUGGUUACCGUCUUCCUAAAGCUAAGUCUCCGUGUACAUGCAGUAGUACAGAAAAAGCUUAGAAUCUGCAUCCCUUUUUUGCAGUAAAGCUUUAAAAUACUUGAGGGCUUCUUCAAAGUUAUUUGAUCCUUCCUGUCCACUGAACUAGACCAAGCAAACAAGUCUGGUCAGUUUUUUAACUCCUGCUGACUUAGGCCAGCAUGGACACCUGGUUGUGCUGCUGGGAUUUUUCAGGGGAAUGCUAACUAUGUAUGUUUGUACUUCAUCCCCACCCCCAAAUAAUUGUCACACAUCAUAAACACUGGCUUGAGUGCUGUACAAGAAUAUCCCUAAAGCCCAUUUUAGGAAGACAGUUGAACACAGUGUAUCUCUUUGAGCAAGGUGAGGGCAGCUGAAGACAGCAGCCUCUGACUAAGCUGCCAAUUAAAAACUGGAUAUUCUUCUUUCCCCUGAAGAGGUGUGGAGGCUACUGGAAGUGUGCUUGCUCUUAAAGUAUCUGUGAGAUUCAUCUUCCUUGGAUGAGUGACAGAGUGUAGUGCUGACAUACCUGGUUUUGGGUUUUUUGUAUCCAGACAAACAUUCUGCAAAUCUGUGUAUAAUGGGAGAGUUGAGUGUUGUGGUUUUGCAUUGUGCUUUUGUGGGUUCUCUCCAUUUCAGAGACUUCCUCACAAGGCAGGGAGAGAGAGGAGGGAGGAUUACUUCAAUCUUUGGCAAGCAAUUUCAGUUUUUAUUAAGUAGGUAUCUGAUCCUGGCAGAGCUCAUCUUCCUUCUGUGCAGGGAUAAGCGAUGUCAGCUGUAUUGGGCAGGCUGUUGACGUGUUCGUAUUUUGUGACCCUCUGCACAUUUACUGUCCCACUCUCCCCACUCAGCAGACUCUCACCUGGGUACACUUAAUAAGAUACGUGCCUGCUAGUCAAGGGGAUGGUAAACAUGGGCUGGCAGCUGGUGCCCCAGCACCUUCCCUCGCUCCUUCUCGUCCUUUCUGCGCUUGUGCCAGCAGGACGUGGCACCCGGCACAACCACGCGGCCUCCCAGAGGAGAGGCCGGCCCUGCUGUCCUGAGCGCAAGCAGGUCUGCACAAAGCUGCUGAGCGAGUCACGAGGCUGUUCAGGCGCUGCACUUGUGCUCUGGAGAGGCUGGUGCAGGUGAGCUGUGCUGGAAGCAGCUGAGUGCCAGGGCAGGAGAGGCGUGUUAGGUGUGCUGACAGAGCUCUGCCAGAGCAGACAGUGGCCUGCCGGGUUGAAGCAGCAGUGCUUGGCAGCGAGGUCUCUUUGGAGUCAAAACUUGUCUAUGUUUCUGUCAUUUUGUCACUUUUAAUACACUGCCCUGAUUUGCUUGCUGGGAAGAGAGUAUGCAUCUGGAGAUCAAAGUUGCUCUUAACUUCAUCAUCUCAUACCUGUACAACAAGCUUCCUCGGAGGCGGGCAGACCUGUUUGGUGAGGAGCUAGAGCGCCUGCUGAAGAAGAAAUAUGAGGGUCACUGGUACCCAGAGAAACCUCUGAAGGGAUCUGGCUAUCGCUGUGUUCAUAUAGGGGAGACGGUGGAUCCCGUGGUGGAGCUGGCGGCCAAACGGAGCGGGCUGGCUGUGGAGGAUGUGCGUGCCAAUGUGCCAGAAGAGCUGAGUGUCUGGAUUGAUCCUUUUGAGGUUUCCUACCAGAUCGGUGAGAAGGGCUCUGUUAAGGUUCUCUACCUAGAUGACAGUGAGGGCUGCAGUGCCACAGAGCUGGACAAAGAAAUCAAGAGCAGCUUCAAUCCUGACGCCCAGGUAUUUGUCCCUAUCGGCAGCCAGGACAACUCGCUGUCCAACUCUCCGUCCCCCUCCUUUGGCCAGUCACCCAGCCCCACCUUCAUCCCUCGCUCUGCGCAGCCCAUCACUUUCACCACUGCCACCUUUGCUGCCACCAAGUUCGGCUCGACCAAGAUGAAGAAGGGUGGAGGAGCUGGAGGAGGGGGCGGUGGAGCAGGGGCUGUGCAGCAGCCGAGAAUGGUCAGGUCUCCCACCACCAACCUGCUGAAGCACAAGGGCCUCUCCCUGUCUAUGCACUCUCUGAACUUCGUCGGGAGCGCUGGGAGCCAAGCCCCGCAGUCACAGCUCUCCCCCAAUGCCAAGGAGUUCGUUUACAGUGGCGCCUCGCCGGGAGCCAGCAGUCUCUUCUUCGAUGGUGUUGCCAGUGAGAGCCAGGCCAGCAGCAUCCCACCAGCAUCGCAGUUCAAUGCCAGCACAGGUGGUACCUUUGAUAUGGCUCAGGUCUUCAGUGGCAGCACCAAUAGCCUCUUUUUGGAGAAGUCUCCCUUUGUGGAAGGACUCAGCUACAACCUGAAUGCCAUGCAGUAUCCUAGCCAGUCGUUCCAGCCCGUCGUCCUGGCCAACUGAGUACAACGGAAGGAGAGUAUUUUGGGGCAGGGAGGGAGGGGGGAAACAAGAACAAAACAAACAAACAAGAGGGAGAGAAAAGAAAAAUAGAAAUAUACAGAAAAUAUUAAAACCGUACAAAUAUAGGUUCUUGGGAAAAGAGAGAGCUCAGUGUUGUUGCGCUGUGCUGGUAACGCUCCUGAAGCACUGAAUUGUUUUUUAACUCAGUACCUGUGCUUUUUUCCUACUCACUUUUUUACUCCUUAAAAUGAGUCUUGGGCUUUUUUUUGGUUUGUGUGCCCUCUUCCCCCACCCCAGCCCAGGACUGGUGCAACUGUAGGUCACAAUGCUCCUGAUUCCCUGCACCACCCCCUGCCCCACACUGGACACAGGGUCCUUCUAGCUGGGUGUAGGGAUGUCAUCUUCAUACCAUUGUGCUGGAGGAGGGACAAGAAGAGGAUGAGUCAGUAUUGGUGGGGACACACACAGUCUUAUUGCAUGUUAGCCAGAAUGGGUGGGUGAGCUUGCUUUUUCUGUGUAUACAGAGAACAUUGCCUGUGCCCACGGGCGCAGACCAUUGUGCUGUUGUGGCUCCAGCCCAAGCUGGCAUCAGCUGUUCUGUGUGCUGAAAAGCAUUAACUCUUCUCCUUGACCAUCUCGCAGCACAUCGCAGUCAGGGCAGAAGCAUUACUGUGAAAUGGCUUCUUCCUGCUCCAUUCCUCAUCUGCACUUCCAGUUGUGGCUACAGGGGCACAGUGGCUUAGUGGCUCUGGUUAUUGGACCUUUCUGUACCUGAGCAAGAGGGCUUUUUUAUGCUCUCUCAGGGCUGCCCAGUCUGGAUGACAGCCCCUGUGUAGAAUCACCACCUGCCUCUCUUUGUGACUUGGGGGAGGUGGCACUGAACCAGCUGGACCACACUUGAAUCCUUCCCCCACUUCCCAGAUGUUCUCCCCAGCAGCAGGGGCCACCAUCCACUUGGGGUGGCCUCUGAGGUCAGAGUUCUCAUUAUCUCCUGUGUAUUAAUCUUCUUGUCUCAGAGAGGAAAUUCCUUCCUUUUUAGUCAGUGGGGCAGCACAACUUUUCAAGAAGAUAGGGUGAUGUUGAAGCUGCUGUCUUGAGUGGUAGCAUAAGGGUUUGUGCUUUCAGCCAGGGAUGCACCUGACUAAAUCCCUUCCCUUGCCUUUCUGGAGAAGCAUGAGGAGGUGGCUGAUCCAGUGAGAAAAGGAAGCACCUGUUAUAAAUUCCUCAUUCCAACCAGAUCACAUCAGCAUGGACAGCAGCAAUCUUAGGGCAGAGCUGGGAUGGGCUCUCCAAAGGCAAGUGGUUGCCUCAGUCUGUGAAUGUGAGCUGCCUCUUCAUAGCAGGGAUGGGAUAUGGGACUCUGCACCUGUCUCCAGGGUGAUGUGUGGCAGUCAGGCAAUAGUGGCUGUUCAGCUUGAUCCCUUCUGUGUUGAGGACUCCAAAAUCCACCUUCACAGAAAGCCAAAGGAGGACUGCUUCAUGCCCAGGAAGGAUGGAGGCUUUUUUGGUAGGAAGGGAGUUUUCUUUGGAGGGUGCUGUGUGAGCAUGGAAGUGUGCAAAGAGGAAAGAGAUGGAGAUGAUGAAACUCCAGUUUUUGAAGUUCUCAGUUUAAAUGAAAAAUAAGCUUUUGCUGCUUCCCAAACUUGAGGUUUGGUUUUCUUUUAAUGAUGCUUCUUGGAGCACAGUUUGAAAUCCACUCCUCCUGCAUUUGUGGAACCAAUGUGCUCUUUCAAGAAAUCUGUUUCAGGUGAGAUGAGCUUGACCAUGUGCUUUUCCUGCUCCCUUCCCUGAGAUGGAGGCACUCCAGCCCUUUUGUAGUUGUGUUGCCACUGAGCGUUUGCAGAAGGUGAUGGGGCUGUCCCAGGGAGGCUGUGUCUGCCCAGAGCUCUCCCAGGAGAGUUUCCAGUGUACCCUUCCCCUCGAUGGGUGAUGGGGUGCAUGGUCCUGACCUUGUGCCCAGCAUGGGUUCCUAAGUAGGCUGCUUGCUAUUGAGCUAUGACCAAUGCAGCAGGUGGAUGAGGAGAGCAGAGCCCAGCCAGUUUCCCCAAAGCUGGUGCCCACAACCUUAACCCUGCAGGUCUCCAGAAUAGGACAAGUUGAUGAGGAAUGGCCCAGCUGUUGUGUUUCCCUUUUUUCUUUUCUUUGAACCUACUGCUUUUAACCGGAUGCUACCACUGCCACGGAGUCCUUCUCCCCAGCAGGGUGCCGCUGGGUGCCACCCCACAUGCUGCACUGGACUGUGAGGGGUGUUCAGCCCCUGAUGGCAGGACCUGGUCCAGUUGCCCCCCACUGUCCCCACAUCUGGCAAAGCCACCUGCGAGCCGCUGCCGUGAGACAGUGUGCUCUCCUCCAGCACAGGGAGGGAGGGAAGAAGUGGGGAUGUCCCCUGUCCACUUGCUUAUGUGUGUGUGUGAAGCUUUGAUGCUGCUUUGCCCUGCCACACGUAUUAUACCUGCUUUAAAAAUAGUGGUGUGAGUGGAAGGAGGAAAAGAAGAGGGACCAACCUCUUUGCAUCUUAAAAGGAAAAAAGUGUGCUUCAGAAAUGUUCCUCCAGCAUCAGGCAGCAAUGGAAACUAAUGGCCUUUUCAGGUCUUUUCUAGUCUUGGAUGUAGGCGUUCAGCUUCAAUUUUAUUUUUUAAAAACCUGCACUAAUUUACCUGGUUUCUUAGGAAGAGAAGAGAAGAAGAUUUUUUUUUUUAACUUUUAUUUUUUAUGGGUUUAUGUUCUUUUUGUUGAUGUCCGUUUGUAUUGAAUAAUUUGCUACAUUUGUAAAAUGUAAGAGGUAUAUAUAAUAUAUGUAUAUUUCUAACGUAAAAAAUGUAAUUUUUUUCUUUUCAAGAUUUUUUCUUAAAAAAGAGGAGAGAAAAAAUAUUUUUUCAGGAAAAAACUUUAAAAAAAAAAAGAAGUGGUGAAGAUUCCUUUCUCCCCACUCAGCCUCCCUUUCUUCCCACCCCUCUCCAAGGAGUGAAUCGACAGUUGCCUUGUGGGAGAGGAGUGAAAGAGGACAGAAGUCUGUAUGUCUCCGAGUGGAGGGUUUCUGCGUGUGCUCUGCUUGGGGUUUUUUUGGAGAAGGGGACUACUGAGGGGGGAACCAGGGGGUUGCUGUCUUUUUCUUUUUUUUUUUCCUUCUUUUUUUUUUCUUUAGCGAAGGAGGAAUACAAUCAGAGUUUUGUAUUCAGAAUGUUGUGCAAUAUUUUGGAACGGGAUAUUGGUGUGUCUAGAGAUUUAGUUAAAAACAAACAAAAAAACCCCACAAAAAGGUUGAUCAAAUCUGUACAGUUUCUAUUGUUCCAGAUUUUUUUAAGUUUGUAUUAAAAGCAUGAUAUAAUAA